GUUGGUAGCCUCAUGAUUGGUAUGUAGCUACCUAGACUUUCUGAUCUGGUAGAAAAUUAGCUGGCUAGCUACUCAUCCACUGGCAUUGUCGAGAAAAGCACGGAGGAGGAGGAGUGACAACACCCGAAUCACAAUCUUUAAUUAUAAACCUUGGCUUAAUAGAGCCAAAAUGGCCACCGCUCCAUACAACUAUUCCUACAUCUUCAAAUACAUCAUCAUUGGGGACAUGGGGGUGGGGAAGUCCUGUUUGCUCCAUCAGUUCACAGAAAAGAAAUUCAUGGCGGACUGCCCCCACACGAUCGGAGUGGAGUUUGGCACCAGGAUAAUCGAGGUCAGCAGCCAGAAGAUCAAGCUGCAGAUCUGGGACACGGCGGGACAGGAGCGCUUCCGGGCCGUCACACGCAGCUACUACAGGGGGGCCGCGGGGGCGCUCAUGGUCUAUGACAUCACCAGGAGAAGCACGUACAACCACCUCAGCAGCUGGCUGACCGACGCCCGAAACCUCACCAACCCCAACACUGUGAUCAUCCUCAUAGGUAACAAAGCAGACCUGGAGGCGCAGCGGGACGUGACUUACGAGGAGGCCAAGCAGUUUGCCGAGGAGAACGGCCUGCUGUUCCUGGAGGCCAGUGCAAAAACGGGGGAGAACGUGGAGGACGCCUUCCUGGAGGCGGCGAAGAAGAUCUACCAGAACAUCCAGGACGGCAGCCUGGAUCUGAAUGCCGCCGAGUCGGGGGUGCAGCAUAAGCCCUCGGCCCCCCAGGGAGGCCGGCUAACCAGUGAACCACAGCCCCAGAGGGAAGGGUGUGGCUGCUAAUGACCACCUCCCACCUCCCCUCCCACUCUGACCCCGCCCCCCUCCGC